CUUCCGAUAACAGAAAAAAGAAGAUGCAGCCCAGGCGCGGGAUGAUUACGUCCAACACUUGUAUAGACGUCGUUAUGGCAGCCCAUGCUACUGAGCUUGAAAUAGCCAAGAAACAUUUAACUGAAGCAAUUGGUGAUAAUGUUAAACAUUACUGGGCGAACUUGAAACUGUGGUUCAAACACAAGAUAAGCAAGGAAGAGUUUGACAUCGAGGCUCGUCGCCUUUUGGCACAAGACAACGUUCAUGUCCACAAUGACUUUCUCCUGGCCAUUCUCACGCGUUGUCAGAUAAUCGUCUCCACACCAGAGGGUGCUGGAUCUUUGCAGUGGGCAGGUAGCUCAGCCUCCAAGCCUGUGAAGCCUGCCAAAGGAAAAAAGAAGUUCUCCUUCAGACAGAAAUUUGAUCAUCGUUUCCAGCCCCAGAACCCUCUGAGUGCGGCCCAGGCCUUCAGCCCGCGGGAGGUUGGGAGUGAGGAAGAGGAGCUGAGACUUAGUGCCCACACCCUGUUGCUGCCCACCCGGGGCCAGCUGGAGGCCCGCAUGAUGGUCACCGCUUUUGAGCUGGGCCUGGACAACGUCACGGAGGACGCCGUCAGCACCAUGGUCCACGCAGUGGAGAACCACCUGAAGGACAUGCUGACUGCUGUGGUGUCCAGGAGGAAGGCCUACCGACUGCGUGAUGGACACUUCCCCUACGCCUUCAGCAGUGAUGUCACCCCCCAGCCCUACUUGAAGAACAGCCUGGCAGCCUACCACAUUGUCACAGAUUGGUACCCACCUCACAGUGCAUCUCGUCUGGCCGGCCAGCCCCCUCAGCUAUUACAAGACGAUGCUGAGCAGCAGGCUGCUCUCCUAUUGGCCUGUUCUGGUGACAGUCUCCUUGCGCCCCUCCCUCCGAUCAGCAUGUUUGACCUCCUGGAAGCGUUACAGGUCCACCGAGGUGUGAUGCCCUCUCACACCAUGUAUGCCCUGAACAUGGAACGGAUUCUGUCCCGGCUGUGGCAUCCCAGUCACGAGGACCUGGAGCAGGACCAUGUGCACCGCCAACGCCUCGCAGGGAAGGAUGGUCUGCUCGUCAGCUGAGACACGCACACACACAGACAGUCUGGUGGAUAGACAGGCAGAUUGUGGUGAGGGUAUGGCUGAGACAAAUGGAGAGUUUAACACCCACAGUGUUGAGGCAUCCGUAUGGCCCCUAAACCCUGCCUUGAAGCAGAGCGAGAGGAUGAUAUCGAAGACUGGAUUUCCACUCCACUAGGUCUACUCCGUAGAGGCUCUGCAACCGCUUCACCACGCACCACAACUUUACAUUAGUGUCAAUAACGUUUUCGAACGCUUGGUAGAGUGCAAACCCAGCCUAAGAUGCACACAGUAGAUCUGUUUUGAAGGCUCACAUAGCUGUGCUGUAAUGAAAAGGAAGGAAGGAAGGAAUGAAGGCCCAGUGUGGUGUGGUCACAGACAGCUUGUUAUGGCACUAACAUGUCUACACACGUGCGCACACAGUGAUAGCUCUCCCAUAGCCUCUCUGACCCUCCUUUAAAUGCACCGUUAGUGAUGUUAAUAUGUUUGAGGAGGUGUGCAUUUCUGACCUUCUGGUGGGUUUAUUUUGUCAGUUAAUUUGUUUGAUAGAAUAGUGUUUACUUUUGUUGUAUUUCCCAAGCCUCUUGUGUACAAAUGUUGCAGCCCUAUUAUUGCGAUAUUAACAUGCUCUUGUAGAGUUAUGCCUGAGUAGUCCACUUGGGUCCUUGUUCACUGUACUUUGUCAGAGCAAUGCAUGCAUUAGUAUGCAUACAAAUAUGUAUAUAUGGUUUAGUUAUUAUUAUUUAUUUUUUUAUUUUAUCUGAUUUCCUGAUUUAUCAAUAACUCGGCCAUCUCGUCACCAAUCCCUUAGGUUUUCUCAAACUAAGUUAAGAGAUGGUAUAAUUUGGAUUUAUGGUUCAUGAGAAGUUUUUCAAAGAUUUUCCAAAAUGUCCAAGAUGGAGAAAAAUCUAUCCUGAGGGACCGUAUGGGUUCUUGAGGCAAAUUUGUUCAGCAUAGCUUUGCUAUGAAUCCCUUAUAAUAAUAGUAAACAUUAUGGCAGCAUCAUAAGUGGUGUGCAAGUGUCCGUGUAGGCGUGAUAGUCCUGUUUACAUGUAUAUUGGCCUAAAACAUGACUGGUAGCAGGGAUAUAUAACUACUUAUGGUAAUAUACUAAUGGUAUUAUAUACAGUGCAUUUGGAAAGUAUUCAGACAGCUCGACUUUUUCCACAUUUUGUUACGUUAGCCUUAUUCUAAAAUUGUUUUUUGUUUUUAGAAAAUCCUCAGUCUACACACAUUACCC